AUGAUUACCUAGCUUAGUCAAAUAGAGAGAAGUUUAUCAAAAAUAACUAGUCCCUCUUAUCAGUAAUUAAGAAAAUAUUCUUAGUACAGUGCAAGGUUCUAUGAGACAUCUUUCCAUGAGUCAAUCGCAAAUGACUCGAUCUAAAAUUUAUACAUCCUCUCAUCCUGAAUCUCAAUUUCUUUAAUUAGAUAAUGAUAUUCUCGAAAUAUAUGAUGAAUUUGAGAAGAAUUACAAUACAAUACAGGAGAUAGACAAAACCAAUACUAAGAUUGAAGCAAAAUAAAAGUUUAUUGAGCAACCCAAAAUAAUAUAACAACAGAAGAAGUUAUUGAAAACUUUCGAUGGAUUGUAGUAAUCUGAUCUGGAAAUAGAAUAUAUUAAUCGGAUAUAAAUUGUCAGAUUUAGAUUUUACUACUUUAGGAUUAAAAUUAAAGGAAAAUAAUGUAAUAGUAAUUUGUCAUCAGCCUUUAGCUCCCUUGCAGAUCUUAUUAAAUUUCCCUUCCAAAAUAACUAGCACUCAAUACAAGCUAUUCGUAUCGACUUCAAUAGAAUUCCCAAACAAAUUUAAUGCUGAUCAAACAGUUCAAAGUAGAUUUGUAAAGAUUAACUCUAAACAGAACUCGAAAUUAUUUUUUGAUGAAUAUGUGUACUUAACAUUUUAUAGUGAAUUUGAUGCCAUCAUAGGUAUGUAAAUCACUUUUGGAGAAUAAUACACACCAUCAAACGGAUAAAAAUUAGUCUAAUCAAUGAUAAAUAUUGAUACCUUUCCUGAAAGAAGAACCAUUCAUCCAAAGGAUAAAAUUCUAUAAAACAUUGAAAUGGCUAAAACUAAAACCUAUUCGAAAUUAGAUGAAAUACUAAAAGCAAAGCGUAAUAAUAUUCAGAAUAUAUUAGAUAGACAUACUAAAUCUUAAGAAACAAUUCAGAGAUCAAAAUUGAUUUAGAAAGAAGUGAGAUAAACAAGAUUAAUCAAACUAUUAGUCAAAGAUCAAAUAGUGUAAUUCAGAGAAGUAGAAAAAGUUCAUUAGAAAGAAUUACAAUUACAAAUAUUUGUCAAAAAGAAUUGGAUAUUGAUAACUACAAUAUUCAACGUCUGUAGAUAAAUACAUAGAAGAUUGGAAGUAAAUUUAUUUUCUAAUUCUAGAAAAUAAGACGCAAGAAUAAAAUUGCUGCAAGAGCUAAAUUGUUAGUAUGGUAAUUGCAUACAAAAGCUUUGAUUGAAGUAAGGAAAUAUGGAGAUAAUCCAUUCAUAAGAUCUCUUAGUAAAUCCUCUCUUGUGUUAUCUACUUAUACAUCUUACAUCUAAGAAAAAUGUAUUUCAAGAGCUGAAGUAAUUUUAAGUGAAUUCUUGGUGGAUAUCAUUCUUUAUUAAACUUUCAUUAACAAACAUAUUUCAUUGAUUUCUAAAAGUAAUCAUAAUGAAUAAGUUUUAGUUAAAUGCAUUCAAAGAAAUUAUAGAAAACUCCGAUUGGUUCGAAAGAAUUUCAAGGAUAAAUUUAUUAAAGCAUUCAAAGAAAAACUUUAAGUUCUUUAUUAAGGAAGAGGAAGCGAUUAAAAGGCUAGAGUUAAUAUUGAAUAGUAUUUCUUCUUGUUAAAUUUUAGACACAUCAUAAAUAAGCUGUUUGAUGAAUACUCAGCAAAGAUAAAACAUCGAUGGAUUGAUUCUCGAAGAGCCAUAAAUGUUUUAUCUGUAUUAAAAAAAGUAAUUAUAUAAUGACACAUUUAUAUAGAGCUUUUCAGUCUAAAGAUAAGAUAUCAAAUUAUAUUCAUUACCUGAUGAAGCAGAGAUGUAAUUGAUAAUUUAAUAAUAUUACAAAAUAAAAAAAUAACUGAGCUGA